ACUGCGCAGCAGCAGGCUUGGUCUUCUUCUCCUUCAUGCCGUCCUCUUCCUCCUUCAACGAAAGAUAGAGCCAAUGCCGAGUGAUUCUAACACCGCAAACCUCUCCUCUCGGGAAUCACGCAGCGUUGCAGGUACCAAGGGUAAGGCAGUGGUGAACUCUGCAGAGAAGAGUGGCGAGGCUAUUGAUGGCACUCCAGCUAGACCUGAUUUGAGGUCGGUGUCGGUGUCGGUGUCGGUGUCGGAGAAGAUGUGCAUUGAAAAGAUUCAGCCUAGGAUCCUCCCUCUUCUGGGAAAGCCAUACUUUGCAUGCAUCAUCUGCAAGUCCCAUGUUCAACUGCCGUUUCAAGUGGUGGUUCCAAAGUCACUGGCACCGUUCCUCCCCUCGGCGUCGGCGCCAGCGACGCUGACCUGGCGUGGCCGGUCCUGGGAGAUGCGGUUCACGGGUGGGCGCCAGAUCCGGCGGCUGGAGGCCGGGUGGCGUGCCUUCGCGCUGGACAACGACCUGAGGCUCGGCGACGGGUGCGUCUUCGAGCUGGUCGACAGCGCCGCCGAGGGCGGCGCCGUCGCGUUCAGGGUGCAGCACCUCCGCGCUGACAUCCCCGCGGCGAUCCGGGAGAGGGCCGGCGGGUACACCUCGUCCAGCCCCAUCGUCAUCGACUAGCCAGUCCACAGCCCGCGCAGGGCGCUGGCGAGCCAUGCCAUGCUGUAACUGAAAUCUGAAUCGAAUGGUUUGUGAGAGAUGCUUCG